GGGAACAGCGGGGAAACGACCGGGCAGAAGGGAAAAAACAGUCGGGUGGAAUAACGAGCACAGCGGCGAAACACUUUUACGAAAUUCAUAUUAUUCUCCAAUUACAGGGUCAAUGAAACAUCAGACUUUUCCUUUUGAAGUGAAAUAGCCUUCGCCGCCUUUUGUUUUCAACACCUGAGACGUUUUUGUUACUUUUGUUGCUGCGCGCUAGCAGAAAGCUGCUAAGUUACCCGACGGAUGGUGGUGGUGAUGCUUGCGGCCGAAGACCCAUCCGUGGACGGGCCUUUAGCCUCCACGCCGCGCAGAGGUAUGGAUUGCGUGGACAAAGCAAAUACCGCCGCCAAGAAGCUUGUUCAAGCCCGUCUUCCCUUCAAGAGACUUAACCCUGAACCCAAGGAAAGCAGAGAGACCAAAAAAACAAGAACUGGGCCUUCUGCUCCGCCUACCCACGAAUCCAGCACUUUGGAUAGGGAGAAUGAAGAUGUUCCCUCCCUCUCCCUGCAGCGUAGACCUGCUUUGGUAAAUGGGCGUGGGCCUCUUGAUUCUUUUAUGAGUCGGAGAAAAUGUCCCCUGGCUAGCUCUACUUCUGUUGUCACUAUUGACCUAACAGAGGACUCUAACUCCACUGAUGCUGUUAAACAGCAGCCCUCUGCUCCGGUGGAUGCCUUGUGCCCCAUUACAGUCGAUGCUGCACAAAACACACAGAAUGCCUUGCAGACAAAAGAACCAGAAACGGCUCUUGCUGACUCCCGUUCUUCAGAAGAAAAUAUGGAAACAAAUGAAGCAGAGGACAGUGUUGUUCUCCCUGAGAUGGACCUCACACUGGAAUCUGAAGCUGAGAAUGAGCAUGAAAAGAAGCAGCAGGAGGAGGCUGAAGUGAGUAAGAAUGAGUCUCUGCUGUCUCCUGUGUCCACCAGCUCUGUAUCACUCGUCGAGAGUUCACCAGAGCCCAGCAAGAGCACACCAACCACUCCUGCUUCUGUGCCAAGGACAGACACUGAGCAGAAAAAAGUAAAAAGGCGCUCACUCAAGAGUUCUCAAGAGCUGGAAGAGAGACAACGUCAGCGGGAAGAGAAAGAACGGCAGAAACAGGAGGCUAAAGCUGCCAAAGAGAAAAAGAGAGAGGAAGCGCGCAAACUGAAAGAGGAGAAAGAAAGGGAGAAAAAGGAAAAGAAAGAGAAAGAAGAAAAGGAACGACGAGAAAAAAAGGAAAGGGAUGACAAAGAGAAGGCAGAGAGACUGCGAGCAAAAGAAGAGCAGCGUAAAGUAAAGAUAGAGGCAAAACUUGAAGAGAAGAGAAAGAAAGAAGAGGAAAAACGGUUGAAAGAAGAAAAAGAGCGAAUCAAAGCUGAAAAGGCCGAGAUCACACGCUUCCUGCAGAAACCCAAGACUCAGUUAGCACCAAAGACAUUGGCGUCAGUGUGUGGGAAGUUUGCGCCUUUUGAGAUCAAAGAACACAUGACGUUGGCGCCGCUGACCCGAGUUCAUUGUGAUGAAGCUGUUUUGGAGGAGCUAGAUCGGUAUCUGGCUGAACCGGAUACUACUCUGAAUGGCUUGAAGGACUGGACAGCCCACAAACCCCGCAAGUCUGGCCCAACCAAACCCAGACACAUAGACACUAUGAGUGAUUGUUUAGUGGUUACUGAUAGCUCAAAACCAGACGAUGUUCCUGAUCGCAAGCGCUGUGGACGAAUGAAGCUUCUGCAAUUUCAUGAAAACUAUCGUCCUGCCUACUGGGGUACCUGGAGCAAGAAAAGCAACUAUGUAUCACCUCGCUGCCCUUUUAAGCAGGACAGGGAACUGUUGGACUAUGAGGUGGACAGUGAUGAGGAGUGGGAGGAAGAAGAGCCUGGAGAGUCUUUGUCACACAGUGAGGGGGAUGACGAUGAUGAUGGGGGAGAUGAUGACGACGAUGAUGAUGGCUUCUUUGUACCGCAUGGGUAUCUUUCGGAUGGGGAAGGAGCACUUGAAGAUGAGGAGGGAGGUGACCUUGAGAAGCAGAAAGUGCGACAGACGCUGAAGGCUCGGGAGUGGGACGAACUUAUGGCUAAGAGGAAGCUGAAGGUUCUGGAGGCAGUAGUGAUGGGCUGUAUGUGGGAGGGAGAGAAGCCUUCACCAGAGUUGCUGCAGCCAUAUGCAGUCUGCAUGCUGGAGCCUCUUCCCAGAGAGGAGCCCAGCACACCUGAAGAUGACGCAUCAUGUCAGCAGAGAAAAGAGCAAUUGCUGUCCCAGCUGCUGCCCUUACUGCAUGGCAAUGUGAAUAGCAGUAAGGUGAUCAUCACUGAGUUCCAGGAAUUCUGUCGCCAGCAAACAUCCUCACCGACUGGCAGUCCUCAGAACUCUGACAACAUUCCCCCAAGGAUUCACGUGAAGCGUCUCAUUAAGGGGAAUGCGGUAUACGAGAAGCGCUCCACUUACAGGCGCUGCUGCUGGUACGUACACGCUGAUGUUCUGGCACGCUUUGGGCAGGAGGCUCUACCUGUGCCCUGCAAAUGGACCUACCUCACCUCUGGAGCCCAGAUGGCACGAGAUGAGCCCUCAGGGCAACAACCAGGGUCACAGAACACCUCUCCCACUGCGCCCCAAUCCACAUCCACCACCCCCUCCAACAAGAGGAAGAGUGCCAGCAACCACUCCAUCACCAAAUACAUGAAGAAAUGUACUGACCCUGAACAGACUGAGGUAAUGGAAACUGAUGGAUUUCAAGCAGACACUGAAGAUGAUGACGAUGAUGACUGCAUUGUUUUGAGUGAACAGUCUGGAUCUUCUGAACAAGAUGGCCAGACGCCCACAACAGGAGCCAAGAGCACAGAGCCAGUGGACACGAAAAUCAGUGACGCUGCUCUGUCCCUCCGCUGCCCCACACCAGCUACUGCUUAAGACCCAACAUGUUGUUGAGUGUGUCUUGAGGUGUGUGGGAGGCUAAAAGAAUCUAGUCUACAAUCAGUUGGGAACACAGUAUUAAAGGCCCCUCAAAUGAUCAGUCAUGCCAUUGAAAUGUUAAAUUAAGCAUCUGAUAAUUAAUUGUAAUAUACUACCAGUGGACAAUUUUAAGCUCAAACAAGCUCUUUUGAAGAGGCAGCUAUGGUUUAAUUCCCUGCCCUGUCAAUGAGUGGUGGUGGGCUUACUCAUGAACACUGUCAAGGCUCUGCUGGUCCAUAGUGGUCCAAACAUCACAACUUUGUAUGACCAGGAAUAGUAGCUGCCUGCUGGACUUAUAGCUCAGUGUCAGCCAAUUUUUAUAACAUAAAGUAUAUAUAUAUGUGUUUUCUUUUUUCCAGAAUACUUGAACUGGGUUAUUUCAUUAAAAAAAGAUUGUUGACAAUGUAUCGCACUUUUAUAUGCCUUUACUGUUUUUAUUCUCAUCUUGGCUUAUAUGUAUGCCUUCUAAAAGUCUGUUGGAUUCUCUCUUUUAGUCUCUUGGAGCUUUUGUAAAAAGGUAAAAAAGACCCUGCAAGUGGUGUUUGUCCUCCAAGCUGCUAAACACGGUGUAAAUGAUGUUUCAUACCUCUGUGUGUAACAUUUGAAUAAUGGUUGAGAGGUGGAAAUGUUAAAUUACCGUCCAAAAAGAAGAAAAGGAAAAAAAACUCCGUUCUGUUGGCAUAAUGUUUUUGAACUGCGAGAACUGCAUCAUGAUUCGCAGUUGUGAUAGGUGUCU